AUGGCUACUUAUCAACCAUAUAACGAAUAUUCGUCCGUUGGAGGAGGUGAUGGGGGUGGAUUCGAGACAACUGAUCAGAGACCCAAUUCUAGCGAAUCGGGUGGGGCACAGGGACGUUUCACGACACUGACUCCCGUUACUAUUAAGCAGAUUUUGCAGUCACAACAACAGGUGCAGGAUGGACCAUUUGUGAUAGAUCAACAGGAAUUAUUCCACGUUUCGUUCGUCGGUGUCGUAAGGAAUAUUGUUGAUGAGACUUCUAAUGUUAGAUUGACUAUAGAAGAUGGGACCGGCCAGAUUGAUGUCAAGAAAUGGAGUGCAGAUCCAAACGACGUCGCUGCGAGCCAGGACGAAAAUCUCAAGAAGAAUUAUAGUUCUCAAGUUGCGCAACAGUACCAUAUCGGGACCUACGUAAAAGUUUUCGGUGCAUUGAAGGAGUUUGGUGGGAAACAACAUGUACAAUACGCUUUGAUCAAAAAUAUUGAGUCCUUCAACGAGGUAAUAACGCAUCAUUUGGAAGUCAUCAAAUGGUUUACAAUUUCUAACGGUAAGUUUUCACCUUCAAAGGCUAAUGCAGACGAGCAGGCUACUACCAGUAACAACGGACCUUCACUAUUCGUUAGAGAAUCAGAUUCCCACGAUACGGGCAACCCACUACAAAGAGUAUUGGCGUUCUGUAGAGAACAGUGUGCGGGCAAAGAUCCAAAUAAUUUUGCUGUUCAAGUGCAACUAAUCGCUCAAUCGCUGAACCUCGAUGAGACGACCGUCAGAGAUUGUUGCACAACUUUGACUGAACAAGGCUUUAUCUAUCCUACCAUCAAUGACAGCAAAUUCUUCGCGUUGACGUCUUAA